AUGCCGGACGAGCCGAAUGAUCCACUUGCGCAAACUGGGCUCCUCUUGCGCAAGCUGCCCCCAACUUAUUUGCCCCUUCCAUCUGGUCGUUUACAAAUUACCUCUGCCGGUGAACUUUUCAUACCUUUACUCCCUCAGGAGACCACUCCUCUGAAUUCUUUACGACUCAUUUUCUCCCUCCCAUUCUUUACCCUAGACCCCCCCCUCUCUCUCUCGCUCACUCACUCUCGCUCUCUUACUCUUUCUCGCUCGCAGGCUUGA